AGUGGGGCUGGGGGGAAAGCAAGUCAAUCAAGAAAGACGAAACGGGGGGGGGGAUAUGUACUUCCGGGGCGUUUCUCUUCUGGGGGGUUCGCUUCCGGAAGGGUGUUCGGGCUCGUCCCACCCCCCCCUUGGAGGGUUGCUCCCCCUGCAACUGGAGCCGUCAUGGAGAAAAGUGGGAAUAUUCAGUUGGAGAUUCCUGAUUUCAGCAAUUCUGUUUUGAGCCAUCUUAACCAGCUCCGCAUGCAGGGCCGGCUGUGUGACAUUGUGGUUAACGUGCAAGGCCAAGCCUUUAGGGCGCACAAGGUAGUGCUGGCUGCUAGCUCGCCUUAUUUUCGAGAUCAUAUGUCACUCAACGAAAUGAGCACAGUCUCCAUCUCUGUUAUCAAGAACCCCACUGUGUUUGAGCAGCUCCUUUCUUUUUGCUACACGGGGAGAAUAUGCCUCCAGCUUGCUGAUAUAAUAAGUUACCUGACAGCAGCUAGUUUUCUACAAAUGCAACAUAUUAUAGACAAAUGUACACAAAUCCUGGAGGGAAUUCAUUUCAAAAUUAAUGUGGCUGAAGUGGAAAUGGAAUUGAGCCAAACGAGAACAAAGCAUCAAGAAAGGCCCCCGGAAUCUCAUCGAGCUUCCCCGUCUCUAAAUCGUUCUCUGAGUCCUCAUCAUAGCACUCCAAAAGGCAGCCGUAUGGGCCAAGUUAGCACCGUUCUGGACAUUCGGGAACUGAGUCCUCCUGAGGAGUCUACAAGCCCUCAAAUAAUUGAGCAGAGCUCAGAUGUGGAAAGCCGGGAACCCAUACUGAGGAUUAAUAGGGCAGGCCAAUGGUAUGUAGAGACAGGAGUCCCAGACCAUGGUGGGCAGGGGGAUGAUGAUGUUAAAGUCCUUGGAACAGUGCGAAUCAAAACAGAAAACUUGGAGGAGUGGCUGGGGACAGAGAAUCAGCCAUCUGGAGAAGAUGGGAGCAGUGCUGAGGAGGUCACUGCUAUGGUGAUUGACACAACAGGACAUGGAUCAGUGGGACAGGAAAGUUACAGUUUGGGUUCAUCAGGAACAAAAGUAGCCAGGCCAACCAGCACUGAAACGGACAGAUUUAGCCCUUCGGGUAGUGUGGUUACUGUGAAUGAUCGGUACAGGUCAAAAAGUGAAUCUCCAUGGCGGAUGGAUGAACCUAAGCAGCCCAGUUCGCAGGCGGAGGAGUCAGCUAUUGUUGGAGUAAGCGGCUAUGUGGAAUAUCUCCGUGAACAGGAAGUAUCUGAACGGUGGUUUCGUUACAACCCACGUCUGACUUGCAUCUACUGUGCCAAAUCCUUCAACCAGAAGGGUAGUCUGGACCGGCACAUGCGGCUUCAUAUGGGCAUCACCCCUUUUGUUUGCCGGAUGUGUGGCAAAAAGUAUACCCGCAAGGAUCAAUUGGAGUAUCACAUCCGGAAACAUACAGGCAACAAGCCCUUUCACUGCCAUGUCUGUGGGAAGAGCUUCCCCUUCCAGGCUAUCCUCAACCAGCACUUUCGUAAGAACCACCCUGGCUGUAUGCCACUGGAGGGAUCUCACAGCAUCUCUCCAGAGACCACGGUCACCUCCAGAGGCCAAGCUGAGGAAGAGUCUCCUCUUCGGGAAGAAGCUGGUCUGGCUGGGGAAAGUGCACAGGGAUCUGUAUCAACUACUGGGCCAGAUUGAGACCAGAGGCCCAGUGGAUCUUCUGUAGGAUAAGCAAGCCCCACUGGGAUGGUGAGCUCCUGUAGCUGGUUGUGCAAUGUUACCACUGGACGAAGACACUCCCGAGAGAGGUUGCCAAAACAGAAAAGAUACAGUACUGUAACUAAAGUGCUUAUGGUUUCCCUUAUUUUUCUCCAUCUCCUUGGAAAGGAAAAAAAACAAAAACUGGGUCAACUAACCUCUGAUUCAGGGAUUAACAACUUCGGAGGGGUGGGCUUUUUUUUUUUUAAGUAUUCAGUAGUGAACAAGGAGAAAUAGAUUUUUCUCAUUUCUGGGCAACAGAUCCUGUGGUCCUAAGGGCUGCAGAGUUCUAGCUAUGUGUAUGCAGAGCAUCAGCAUCUGUAUUUUAUCAAAAUCAUUAUACCUCCUCCAUAAGAUACACGGGGUCAGGAAUUGGUUUUUGUUGUUCUGUGCCCCACUCUUAUUUCCCAGGUAAUUCUUUUUCGAGAACAAUGGCUGUUGUACUAUAACCAACCAUGCCUAAGUGUAGUUUAUCUCAUUUUCAUUUGAUGUAUCUUUUUAAAAAAUUGACCCAUUACCUAAGGGCUUUUAUUAGGGGGAGGGGGCUUGCCAUUUCAACAUGUGUGGCCUUGCCUGUUUGUUAUAAGGCUAGCAAUUUUUUGAGCAGUAUUUUAAAGAUUACACAAUAUUUAAGUAAUUAAGCUACUGAAAAAGAAGGCAGUAACUACAGUAUGAGGUUCUGCCGUGUUUGAAUGAAUAUUUUCAGUUGUGAAAUAUGGGUAGUGCAGACCACGUCACAAUUCUUGCUUAUUCUGUGUGUUGCAAAAACUGAAAAGUAGAUUUCUAGUUAUGAAUUUUUAAAACAGUGGCUUUUUCCAAAGGUCAUCCUUUGCCUCCCAUGGACUUGAUCUAAUGAAACAGCAAUAUUUGUAUAUCAAAAUAGAUGGAUCUUGGUGGGAGAAGAAAUCCUGGUUUGUGUUUGUUUCCCUGUUUGAUAUUUUUAUAUGAAAAACAUGCAAAAAACAUACUCUUACAAUUCAGUAGGGUAAAAGCUCCCAUUUCCUGUAAGCAAUGAAAACUUUUCCUUUACACUUCUAUAAUAUUUCACAUAUGAAGUUGAGGAGAUCUCUUUUUCUCUCUCUGCCAAAUCCAGCAAAUAUGCACCUCAUGUUUCUUAAUAUUCUGUUUAUAAUUAAAAGGAUACAUGUGCAGGAGAGCAAAUAUUUCAAAUAAGUGUCUUAUAUUUGCAAAAUAAGUUCUGUGUUGGUAUUUAGUAGCAAUGCUGUAGAAUAAAGGUGAAGAGUUGGCAUAAUCCUAAUAUUAUAGAUUAUAUGGAGUUAAAAUGGCCGAAGCAAAACUUAUAGGAGAAAGCUUGAGAUAUGGUGGAGCCACGAAAUGAAUAGAGAUAGGAAUUAUAAUAUUAUGGUAAAGGAAGAAACAGCUUCUUGGUGAACAUGCUUAGAUUUGUAUAAUAUUAAUAUUUCACCGAUCUUGCCUUCUUAUGCCACACAUUUCUUGCUUCUAAAAAUGAAAUUCUUGAUUAUGCUCACAGGAAGAAUGAAAAUUGUUCGAUGCUCUCCCCUUUCCUCCCUAUGUUUGCAUUUCUUUUUUUAUGUUAACUGAGGAAUUUGUUCCAUUCCCCAAUUCAUGAUAAAGCAAGCAGUGAUUUUUUUCUUUGUGAUCACAAAGAUACAGAUUCAAAAGUCAUUGAAAAGAUUAACUCAUACUUGUUUUAAGAGUUUGACGAGAUUCUUCCAAAGCCACCCACACACUAUUCUUCUAGAUGAAGUAGGGAGGAUAAUAGAUGUAAAUAUAUCUAUCUAUAUGCUGCUUUAAUCAUAACUUUCAAAUCUACCAAAAAGAGACAAUUUACAUUAAAAAGAAUUGGAAAAUAUUUCUAGUUAGUUUAUAACAAAGUUUUUAAAGCAUUUAAGAAUAGAAUUUUAAAAAUGUUACCAAACUUGUAAGGCAUACAUUUAUUUAUCUACAAGUAUGAUAUAAAUAUAUAUAUAUAAAUAUAUAUAAAUAUAUAAUUAUAAUGGGAAUAUUUCUUUGCUGAAUUGAUGACGGUGUAGCAUUUCUAUAUAAGAAUUUCCUCCAAAGCAGAAUGCAGCAAAAAUCCAUACAUAUUAAAGAGGGCGAAGAGUUGUAAUGGAUUGUUGAAUGUGGCAUUUACAGAGCUGUGAGUUCCUUUUGGACUUGAUACUGUGAACAGAGGAGUGAUCAAGUAAUCCAGGAUUAUGUCAUCAGUCACUUACCUGCUUGCUGGUAAAACUCCUCUUUAUUUAGCCUGGCCAGAAUCAUUGAGAAUUUCUUGCCUCUUGGCCCAGGCUUCAUUUUAAAAGAAAAACAAAGCUUGUGAAAUGUGCUUUUAGUUGCAGCCAUUGAAAGAUGUCAUUUUUACUUGCAUGCAAAUGAGCCAAUAUUCUUGCCUGUUCUUCUUUUGAACUGGGUUUAUAGUUAUCCAGUCAGCUUAUUCAUACAGAAGGCUACAUUAUGAGAAAAAAGCCCGUAAGAGGCGUGUGCCAGCAAUCUUCCCAGUCCUUUCUUUCAAUAUGCCCGGAGGAGUUGGGAAACUUUUAUUUCCUUUUUAUAAGCAACACAGUUGAUUUUGAAAGCUGGACCCAGAAAAAUGUGAACCUUGGGUAUGAUGCAUUCUUUGAAGCAGACAAAUUCAAAUCACAGCUUGUGAAGGUUGAUUUAUUUCAACAAACCAUAAUUACAGUUAACUAUGGGUUUAUGUUCAGAUAAUAUUACCUCAUCAUGGUGUCCAAUGAGACCAUGAUUCAAUUUGUGUGUGUGUGUGUGUGUGUGUGUGUGUGUGUGUGUGUGAGGGUGCAUGUGUGUGUACAUGUAGAAAAUGACCUUGAUCUGUGGCUUCACAAAAUAUAAGAGCUCCCAAAAUAUCCUGAGCUCUGUGGCUUUAUUCAGAGAGUACAUUUGUAGUGUAAUCAAGAAAUCCUCAUAAAUGUGUAUUACUGGAGAAGCUAGAAAGAAGGGUGGGUUUUCUUGUGUUCUUAAAGAGCCUGAAACUCUUUAAAGAGUUAAGAUGCCUUGAAGGAAUACAUGCAGGUUGUUAUGAUUCAUACAAUCCAAAUCGUGCCAAAUAUUAAGGCAUUGCAUCUAUUGACAACUGUUCUUCUGCCCUGCCAGGUGGCAGAAUAUAAUUGCUAGAAUGGGCAAUGGGGUCACUUAGGAAAGAAUCUUAACUUCGUUUGACCAUUUAUGUGGAAACCCAUGGUGUUGAUGCGGCUGGAGCCGAAAGAAAACUAUUGAACUGCUUGAUUGUGUCUUGAGAUCUUAUUGUUUCCUCAGAUUCUACCUUGAGUGUUCUUUUUUUAGUUAUUCUAAACAAUGUGCUAUUUAUACAAAUAAGUUAUGAACUGAUAGCGCAUAAACUCGCAAAGCCUGUUUCAAUACUUAAACUUGUUUCAGACUAUUAUGCUUUGUGGUUACAAAAUGGAAAGUGUUCAUUUUCAAAAAAUGCUAGUAGUGUUUGAACAAAAUUGGCAAAUAAAGUGUUUGCAUUAGGCAGAAUUGAAGCAAACCUGUGGGAAGGCUUCCUGUUUUUUGUUCUGCAAUGAAACAUUUACUUGUGCUGGAAUUUUUGUAUUCAGUGCUUUAACCUUAAAGGCAAGUUUGGAAAUGAGCUUUAAGACAUCAUUGUUGGAGACGUUAGGCAUUGGAUAAAUUGCCAUCCAAGCUCAAAGGAUUAUUAUCUAGAUUCCGUAGUGUAGAUGUGUUGGUGACCUAUUUUUUUAUUCAGUGCAUCUGGACAUUUUUCAUCUGUGCUAAAUUGAUUCCUAAUGUGACUCAAAAGGGAAGGGAAGUAAAAUUAUUUAAUAUUAUACCUCAUUACCUCUGUCUGUAGUGAGUAAUUUAUCUCAUUUUUUAAUGAGACUUGGUAGGUUGAACUUACCUUUACCUCUUGUCUUUCAAAGAACGACAGAGUAUUAGAAGGAAAGGAUCAUUUCAUUGCCCUGCACUUGCAGAAUGAAUCUUCAAUGUGAAAUUUUGCCAUUAUCUUCCUGUGUCUGCUGCUAUGCAUUAAUCUUAUCAAAAGCAAUAGAGUAAAAUUAAUAUAAUUCUUAACACACAUCAUUGCACUGCAUGUCUGAAUGGCCUGAUUUCCUUUAAAAUAGCUAGUGUAAACAAACAUAGAACAAAAAAAGAGGAAAAAGAAUCUAAACAAUUGCAUUGCUUUUCUCCUUGAGCAUAAGAGAUGCUUUUUCAAAUAUUGGUGAGACUCCAACUUAUAUUCAGAAAUCCACAUGAACUCAGGAUACAACCAUGUCAUGUCUGAAAAGGUUGAUCAGUAAGCCUGUAUUUUUUUUAAGAAUACAGAAUUUUUCGUCAGAAGAGAGCUUAAUCUCUGAAUUUGAAAACAUUUCUUGCCAAUAAUUUUAGAUUUUAUGAGUUUUACUUCUGAUGUAUUCAAUUUCUAAUGUUCAGUUUUUCUAAACUGAAGUGAGUUUUAUAUUUCAUAAGCUUUACUUGUUCUUUAAUUUUAUUUUUUAAAAAAAACCUUGUCCAUGAUUUGACACAGAAUUGCUCUAGAAAAUCCUCUUUUGAUGCUUAAUGGUGCAGUUUUAAAAAUAUAUAUUACAAUGAGCCUGAAAAGUGGAAUUUGGAAAUAUGGUUGUAAUUGGAAAUGACAUAAAGGUGUCUUUUUAUUACUGUAGGUAAACUCUUAUUAGUAAAAGAUUCAUCUACUUAUUAAUAUAAGACCUGAAAAUAUAUCAGAAUUAUAUAUAUUAGCAGAAAAUAUCUGAAAUAAAUUGAAUACAAAUGAAUUAAAUUCUAAUCUUAUUGGAAAUUGCUAGUUAUGCCACAUUUUUUGAAUGAAUCUUAUAAAUUAUUUUCUGGAGUUUUGCAGUCUUGAACUAUUAAAGGAUGCUUUAUAUUGAACUAUAGUUGAUCUCUUUUGGAGGAGACUCGGGAUUCAGACCUAAAGGAUUCUGUUCUGGUUGAAAGGAUGAGAUCUUGCGUAGUUUUGCCAGUAGGUUAUAUGCAGAUUAGGUAAAUCUAUUAUCUAAGAUAAAAAGGUUAGAUUAUUUGUCAAUCACUUGCAAAUUUAUUGGCCUUUGAGAGGGGGAGUUAAAAUUAAAUAUAGCAUUUUUAAAAAUUUCUUAGUAGACAAUAACCUAUCUCUACCAUUCUGAUUGUGACUUCUGUGCUCCAGAAUUUUGAAGGGUAUAUUUUCUUUGAUAUAAAUAUUUUGAAUGUUUAUACUUCUGUUUCCUUGGGCAAUGGAUUUUGUUUUUGUAGGGAGCAAGUUCACCAAAGAUGACCGAGGAUACUUAGUUGAAGGUGGACAUAUGUGUCUGGAAGCCAAGUUUGGAAUUGCAAAUUGAGUACUGAAGAUCAACUUUUGUAGGUAUAUAAAUUGAGCCAUUGUUGGAUCAGGCCAAAAGUUUUGAGAAUUCAGCAUGUUGUUUCUUGCAAUAGCAGGCUGAUGUUUUGGGGAAUGUCCUUUUUAACACUUCCGAUGUGAAGGUGUGCUGCCUUUUAUAUAUGCAGGGUCAUGUUUCAUUGAGACGUAUUGGCAAAUGGGUUCUGUAUUGACAGUUAUAUUCCUUUUAAUUUGCCUAAUCCUUUUAAAUAAAUCUGUUAAUGUCUGCCUCUGCAUCUUGUGAUAUAGAAUUCUAUAUGUCAAUUAUAGGAAAUAAAACAGAUUGCUGGAUUAGAUUUAGAACCUUGUAGAAUGUCACAACCAGGGAACAAAAAUGUGCUCAAUAUUAUAAGAUUAUGCGUCAUGUUAUAUUCCGUAGGCAUGUCCGUAUGGAAAACCUGUUUAUUUAUGCCAUUACUUGCCAUUUAAGUCAUGUUUUCCCCAUACAGGCAGUCUCAUAUAAUUAGUGAUCAUUCAAAGUCACAAUGACAUUGAUUGAUUGAUGGCUAUGACCAGUCCUCAGAGUUCCUCCCAUUCCAACACCCUCCCCAGUCAUGUGAUCCUGAUCUGGGCACUUGGCAGCUGGCUUACACUUACGAUUGGUUGCAGUGCUCCACAAUCACAUGAUCACCAUUUGCUAUCUUCCCUGCUGGUUUCCCCAGAAAAUCAAUGGGAAAGCUGGCAGGGAAAAUCGCAAGUCAUUGCCCACUCAUACACCCUUCCACACCCUUCCUCUGGGCUUGCGGCAUGCUAGUCAAAUCCCACCCUCCCCAAUUCUUGCAUACUUUCACUGAACCUCACCACAUUUCACAUCACUCCUGUGUACCCUUGCGCUUCCUCCCAAGCCUCACCGCACAACGCACAUCCCUCAUGCCCUGUCCCAUCUGGCAGCAGCCACUUAUUUACCUGCUGACUUGCUUGAGAGCCAUCUGGGGCUUGUAACUUCCUGUCAGUUUUCCCACUGACUUGAUCGUGGGAAGCCAUCAGGAAGCUUCCUUCCCUAAGGACUGUGAGAUUUGAUUUGCAAUGGCAACUAGAACUUCAGGGAUUAUUGUCACUAAGGGAUGUGAUGGGUAUUUUAUGACCUUGUGUCUUAGUGACAGAAAUUCCAAACCUGAUUGGAUGUCAUAAAUCAAGGGCUACCUGUAUAUAUUUACACAAAUUGUUAGUAAGCAACGGGAGUUGUAAGGAGUAAUACAAAAACAUCCCUGAAUUAAAUGACAAGACAAUUCAUUAACAUUUUACUUUGCUUGAAGUCUGAAUUUUCAGUUAAUUUUGUCAAGCAAGAUACAUUCCAGCAUAAAGCACUAAGACAAUUCUCAUGAUCAAACCAGGGAUUCAUUUUGUGGAGAAGAACUGAAGGAAAUGGACAUUACAUGUGUAGGGAAAAGAGGGUGUACUAUCAGAAUUUGCCCCUGCUUGUCCUGGGGAAGCCAGCAGCCAUAUUACCCAGAUAAAGGAGAAAGCCUCAUCUGAGUUUUGAUAGUGCACUAUUUUGCCUGACAAGUUUGACCAGUUUUUUUUUAAAAGGCCAUCUAGAUUUUUGUAGUCCAAUUCUGGUAUACCUGCAUUUACAGAUACAUUUCUGAACAUUUUGUGGUCUUUAUAAAUGUAAUUCCCCAUUUGCAAAUCUCAAAGAUUGUUUAAAACUUUUAACUGGUGCCUUCCACUUUCUCUCUCCUUCCCCCCCCAUGAAACCAUUUCUUCAGCACUUGCUAAUUAUGAUGGGUGUGUUUUUAAUCUCUUCUGCAGGUGCUUUUCAAAAUGAAAAUCUCUGUGGGCCCAUAAUAUCUUAUGUCUUUUUGCUCCAGGAAUAUAGGGCUUGCUAUGUCUCCAUCUGACAUGCUGAUUGACUGACCCCAUUUUUUGCCUCACAUGGUAUUGGUGUCCUUAAUUUGUUUAUUAUUAUUUUUUUCAUUUCUUUCGAUUUUUUUGUUCUGAGAAUGAAAACUACUAGUAGACCGCCAAGCUUUAUGGCCUAGAUUACCUUUCUAUGGCUUAAAACCACUAGCAGAGUUUGAAAAUACCUUUUGCCUUACUGUACGGACUAAUUUGACUGGAAUGAAUUUGGGGUUCUGCUGAAAAAGAAAGCAAGCUCAGAUUUGCAAGUGAAUGUGAAUUAGAGCCUAUGGAAUUAAUUUAUUCUCAAUAUGCAGCUUUUUAAAAAUUGGUCAGAAAUUAAUAUGUUCCCCACUUGAUACCACUGGUCCAGUGGUGGGUUUCCGUUUUUUUUUUUUACUACCAGUUAGCUCGUGCGCGUGACGCUUCUGCGCAUGCAGAACCUCCCACCACCGCCACUACUGGUUUGCCCGAUACGAGUCAAACCAGCAGAAACCCACCUUUGCACUGGUCAUCAAAUGCCAUAAAAUCUAAAGCCAGAGUGAUUCUGGAAUCAGCCUUUGACUUCCCCUGUUCUUUGUCAAAUACUGUAAGUCUGGUAGUAUAUUUAUUAUCAAAUGUCCAGAAAUUUCCAAGUCACAUCAGUACUGCUAUUUAAAAACAGGUUCAAAUGUUUUAAUACUACUUCCAUAUAAUCUGUAUGCAGAGUUUUGUAUACAGUUUUAAAAUGUUGCCAUUGAUGUCUAAGAUUUUUCACACAAACACUGCCUCCAGUUGCAUAUAUAUCUUUUUUGUAUUAUACCAACCAGAUAAAACUGAGAUUCCAUUUAGUAACUCCUUCUUGUAUUUAUUUAUUUUUUAUUUUAUUUACUAUAUAACUCCCCAGCCCUCCUUUGUAAAGAGGCUGAGAAAGUAAAUAGUUAUGGGUUCUUUCAGUGAGAGUCACUCAGUUCUGCUCUGGGUAGCAUUGGAAGAAUUAAAAGAAAUUGCUUCUUUUUGCCUCUACCGCUGCAAAUGGUUCCAUAUUGAAAUUGGUACAAAAAAUACUGAAUGCGGCACUUAUCAAACUGUUUCAACAUUAGCAGAAUGUUGCAGCUAGAUAUGAAAAAAAAGCUAUUGCUUGGAUAAAAUGAGUUGCUUAAUGCAUAUUUAACCUACUUGCGUUUUCCCCAUUUAUUGCUCAUUUUAACUGAAUCUGCUAUUCCAGUGAUAUAAGCUAUGUUUGCUGCAUACCCCUGAGAUAUGCAUCCAUUUUUCAUUUUGUUGAAGAACAGUUUGCACCAGUAGAUUCAUGCAGGCAUACAUUUAACUGUGCUGUUCAGAAAUCUGCAGUGAAUUUUUAGAUCCAUCAUUCCUGCAUUUAUGCUGAUUGGACAGUGCUAAAUGUUUCUGUUUAAAGGGUAACAGAAGCUGUAAUCCUUUACUUACCACAUCUUGGGAGUUUUAAUUCAGUGACUGAAGUGCCAACCCCAUUUGUUUGGUAGGUAUAUGCUUUUUGCAGAAAUCAGAGUUCAGGUAACUACCAAUACAGUUUUAAUCUACAAGAACUCCUAGAAGGCAGAUGUAAUCUAAGAGUUUUUGGUCUUAUUGCUAGUGAAUUAUUGCUGUGAAUGGUUGUUUAAAUGAGAGAAUUAACACUGAUUAUAGGGUAUUUAGUGACCUUCUCUCUUCCCAAUAAUUAAUGUAAUUUAAUGUAAUGCUGCCAAAUGAUUGCUGGGGCAGAAAUUUACUAUUUUCUAACUAUUGAUGAAAAGCUGAGACAUUUGAACGAAGCAUUUAAAAUUGCAGUGUAUUGCAAGAAAAUUGCAGUUUUUCUUCCAUUUCUGCUUCCUUAAGUAAUCUACCCUUGAUUCCACAGUUUAAUAGUUAAAGGUAGAAAGUGCUGUAUAAUUUAGAAACUGAACACCAUGGGCCUGAUUCAACAGCGUGUGUACUGACAAAUUUGCAAUAUUCCAUGUUUUUCAGUAUGAGAAAAUAAAUAAAUUUAUGACAAUAAAGUGUAUUUCUCUUUGCAGAAAACAAAUAUAUGAAAUAAGAUUCUUUGAGCUGGAAUGUGGAUACUUUUCUUGAAAAACUAUUUAAUCUUCUUUUUUUAAAAAUAAACACACAAUUGCUUCCGGAAUAUUAAAAGCACAGUGAAAAUUCUUUCCCUUCCAUAGAUGCUGCAAUGUUUUUUUAAUGCAGAAGGGAACUGGUUCAUUUUGUCACAAUUAUGCCUAAUUUUCACGUAAGAAUCUUGUACCUUAAGAUGUCAAGUUCAUAUUUCAGAAAUGCUUCGCUUGCACAGUCUCCAGCAGAAAAACUUACUAAAUGACCUGUACUUAAGAACCUACUAGGCGAGGUGGCCCAACCGACUUAACAUACGAUUGAUUCUUAUGUUCCCAGUUACUCUGGGCAUUUGAACAUCCCUGCCUGAUCUUCAUGCAUUCUUAUAUUCACAUUCUUAUAUUCACAUUCUUUGGAAGCAAAAGCAAAGUUGUCAAGACAAAUACAUGCGGAAUAGAAGUGUACUUUUUGUUCCAUUUGCUGUGGUAUAGAUAGAGAGGGGCGUUUCUAAUAUUGAAAUAUAGAUGGCAAUGCAUAUUUUUUAAUCACACUCUUUAUAGGCACUUGCAGAUUUUUUUUCAAACAGACAUUACCCGUGUUUUAAUUAGUUGCCAUAUUCUAGAAAGACAAAAGACUGUGGAGACCAUGGAGAAAUUUAGACUGAGUCCUGGUUAUGGGAAGGAAUCUUUCUCCCGUUGCGCUCCCAGUCUGGAUCUCUGUUGUAUAGUUUUCACGAGAGAAGCUCCCAUGUUUGUGGUAAGCAAGUUGGCGUCAAAAGGGAUCCUUGAAAGGGGGGGGGAUUGAAAACCACCAUUUUAAGGAUCUGUACAAUAGGAUAUUAUGCUCCUUGCACUUGUGCAUCAAUUCUAUGAGCCACCUUGGCUAUAAUGUCAAACAGCUGCCUUGUCCUUUGUUCAUUGCAUUAACAUUCAGUAGAGAAAAGUGGGGAAACUAAAUGUGAAUCAUGUUGUUCGUUGGAAGCCCCUAGCCUUUUGGAUUAAUGAGGUAUCUGAAACUGAGGCUAGGAAAACCUGCUUUAAUUGCUGAGUAAGCUCAGUGGAGUUCCUUUUCUUACGCUGUACUUGAAUGUAAUUGCACGACUGGAGAGUCAAAACAAUAUGACAGAUCUGCUUAAAUAGGAAAUAGAAAGUAUGUGUUAUCUUAUUGUGCUAGGAAAUUAGGCUGAGAAAGCAUUGUCCCUUUUUAUUUUGCUCCUGCUGGCUUCCUCCCAUCAAAUUAAACAUGACAGAAAUUGCAUUCCUUUUGUCUGAACUGAGCUUGUGAAUGGAUUUACUGGCAAUGUUUCUUCAUUACAAUGAAUCAAAUGCGAUUCUUUUUAUUAUCAGCCUCCUCUCAGCCUGUGGCAGCUCUUGGUCACUUAACAGAUAUUGAAAAAGCCAAGCUGGGUCAGUUUUGAAAGAGAUCCAAUUAAUGCUUGGAUGGGAGAUUAUCAGAAUUCCUAAAGCUGUGGAUCAGACUGGGAAGAAGGCAAUGGCAAACUACUUAUAUAUUGAUGCCAAGGGAAUUAUAAUGACAGGCUUGUAGGGAAAUAGAACUCAAAGGAGAUUGUGUAUUUUUUACUUCGUUAUUAGAAAAAUAUUAGUUAAGUAUGUCAAGAAUGAUGAUUCAAACAUACAUGCAU